CGCGAUAUGGUUCGCUGAAGUUGAUCCCGGAAACCUUUGUUCCCAUGGUAACCCCGCAGUUUACCCAAGCAAACAAGGUUUUCUUUGGCUGCCGCACUAAGCGCCCGCUGGUGGCGCAGGCAUGUGACGCCGGCCUUGGCUUGUCGCCUCCAUUCCCGCCCAUACCAGUGUCCAGCCCCCUCACGAUCCUACGCCGGACGUCACCUUCCCUCGCCAGGCGCUAGACGCAGCACCUCCUUUCAUUCUUUAAGUCUCGUCCCAGCGACCGACAUCACACUCUUUAAACUGCAAGUUCAUUGAACUGACUUACCAGCUCUCAAACGCACGAUGUACUCGCUUCCUAUCCUUGUCACGGCUGCUGCAGUCCUCAUCUCUGUCACGUCUAUGCCGGUAAGGCGAGACGUCGACGAAAGCCUUGUCCCCGAUUUCGGAGUGACAGCUGGGAUUCCUGACCCAGCCGGUUCAGCGAGCUGUGUUAACCCCGCUGGCGUGCUCAUCCCAUGCCAAUGCCCGCCGGACCGUGAUAGCUUUAUCGCCGAACUUAACCAGAACGUCGCUGCUGGGAAGGUGCUGAACAACCCGAGCGUCGCCGUCACUUUCCCCGAGGAUGGUUCCGUUCAAUCGCAACUCGCACGUCUGCAGGCAUGUACCGUCACCCUGCAGAGCCUCAACGGUAGCGGCGUGGGCUGCCCGGUCGCUGCCACCAACUGGGCCAACCUGCAGAAGCAGAUCGCGUCCGGUGGCUCGACUUCUGGGGCGGGCGCGUCUACCGCUGCUGCGUCUGCUACUACUGGUGCGGUGAAUAUCGCGACGUCUGUCGCUACUGCAACUGGUGCUGCUGCCACCGGCACUACUUCUACCGUCGACCCGACCCUCGUACCUGAUUACGGUAUCACGGCCAACACCAACCCUACGGGCACUGGUGACUGCGAUGGCGUCAACGGCGUGAAGAUCCCCUGCUUCUGCCCUCCCAACCGUGACGAGUUCAUCGGGAAUCUGACUGCGAACGUCGCCGCAGGCCAGGUGCUCACCAACCCCACCGUCAAGCUGUCGUUCCCACUCGACGCCUCACCGCAGUCCGCGCUUGCGCGGCUCGACGCCUGCCUCGUUACGCUGCAGAACCAGCGCGGGUCAGGUGUUGGCUGCCCCGCGGCUGCCACGACCUGGGUUGCACUCCAGAAGUCUCUUCAGUCGCAGAUCCAAUAGGCAUAUGCGACCCACCCGCGACUUUUUGUCGCGUCUAGCCCCGCUGAGGGCUUACGCCACACCAUCCCAUGCUGUCGUGCAGUUGCACUCGGUUCGCUUUCGCUCGGGUUUCGUCGUUUAUUCAAGUUCUCUGUUAUGGGUUGUAGGCUGCGCGCGUGCGCACCGAGGUUUUAAUUUUCCCCGUCCUGGUCGAUCAGAGGGUCUGGUAUUGGGCCGGCUGUGUAGCUCUAUUAGAGUCACGCAAUGGAAUGUUAAGGUGCUUGGUCACCAACUGUAUUCCUA